AUCGGUAAUUGUGUGUAUUUUUGGUUGUACAAGUUUCACGAUUUCUGAAGUAGCAAAAUCGAUUAAUUUGGUGUUACAGCCAAAAUUAAAUAAACAAACGAUCCAUUGAAAUCAGCAGUGUUAACAUGCCCCUCCCAUGAAAUUAAUCGAGUAAAUGGAACUUCAAAUGUGCUUCGACUGUCUUCAACGUCAACUUCGAAUCGAUUUCUCUGACAAACUCCUUCUCAAUUAUGCCAUUGCUGCUUCCGCCCUUCCAUUCGGCUCCGACGCCGUUGUUCAGGUUCUAAAUUCUGAUGGGGAGGUUUCACCUCACUUCAUAUUGAUGUAUUUGCCGAUUAAUCAAGAUGAUUGCUUCACCAAUUACAUUAACGAGCAUUGUCCAGAAAAACCAACUGGAAAUGACUAUAAAGCAAAGGAUAACACGCCUUCAUCAAUUCUACCUCAAGAUCAACACGAGGUUACCACUGGGGAUCUUCAUGAUAAACCAAAUGAAGCUCUGUUUUUGGCAGAUAGUGGGGGAAAAACAUCCUUACCUGGAUUAGAGUGCAACAGUUCAACCUGCUACUUCUCAACAAGUUUUUCUUGCUUGAGGACACUUACAGCCUUGGUUCCAAUCUCUCAAAUUGGUCCCAUAUCAUUUCCUGCUUUAGAGAAUCUAGCUUCAAAUUUCUCAUCUGGGAUUACAGAAGAUCAUUUACUUCACUCACUUACUCUUCUGAUACAAGGAAAACCAACAGGAAGAGAUAGCAUUAACUUUCUUGAUUUAAUUGGGAUACCCUCAUUUACAGAAACCACUUUUCCUGGAUGCAUAAGACACCCAAACAUAGUACCAAUCUUGAGCAUAAUGAAAUCAUCCACCCAUAUCAGUUUAAUACUACCAAAAACUCCUUACACCUUGGAAAACAUUCUUCACUACAGCCCUGACGCCUUAAAGUCAAACUGGCAUAUCAAGUUCUUGAUGUAUCAACUACUCUCUCCCUUGAGAUACAUGCACGGAUUAGGGAUUGCCCAUGGCAGCAUAUCUCCAUCAAACGUAUUGCUAACUGAUUCGUUAUGGUGUUGGCUUCAUAUUGGUGAUACCCUACAAUCAAACUCCAACAUAUCCAGAAGUAAGAUUGGUUGUUGCAGUGACACCUGUGAGUCAAGUAAAGUCUAUGCUGAUUUGAAGCUAACCGAUUGGCAUACUGGUUUUAUUCGUUGGUGGAGUGGAGAAAUGAGUAACUUUGAGUAUCUCCUGUUGUUAAACAGAAUAGCUGGUAGGAGAUGGGGUGAUCAUACUUUCCACACUGUUAUGCCAUGGGUUAUUGACUUUAGUGUAAAACCUGAUGAAAAUAACGACAUGGGUUGGAGAAAUUUAAGUAAAAGUAAAUGGCGUUUGGCAAAAGGUGAUGAACAGUUGGACUUUACAUACUUAACAUCAGAAAUCCCACAUCAUGUGUCAGAUGAAUGCCUCUCAGAACUUGCUGUUUGUAGUUACAAAGCAAGAAGGUUGCCUUUAAGUGUUUUGCGUACAGCUGUCCGUUCGGUCUAUGAACCAAAUGAAUACCCCUCUACAAUGCACAGGCUUUAUCAAUGGACCCCUGAUGAAUGCAUUCCUGAAUUUUAUCAAGAUCCACAGAUUUUCCGUUCUAUACAUUCUGGAAUGUCUGAUCUGGCAGUACCUUCAUGGGCUGGUGGGCCCGAGGAGUUUAUUAAAUUGCAUCGGGAGGCUUUGGAAAGUGAUCGUGUAUCAACUCAGAUUCAUCAUUGGAUAGAUAUUAUCUUUGGCCACAAAAUGUCAGGGGAAGCAGCCAUUUCUGCAAAAAAUGUCAUGUUGCCCCCUUCAGAACCUACAAAUGCCAGGUCAGCAGGUCGGCGCCAGCUCUUCAGUAUACCCCAUCCACCUCGUUGGUGUGUUAUAAAGAAGACUAGUCAACAUAACAGUGAGAAGAAUCUGCUUCAUGAUACAUUUAACUUGCAAGCAUUAGAGGAAGCAGCUACAUUCAUUGAACAUGCUUCCCAUAUAAGUCCUAUCUACAGAAAUGAUCUUGUAAAGGACAAUUUAGAAGAAGUCGGAUCUGACACAUUUAAAAAUGGGAGAGACUCGAAAUUGGCAUCAGUUAUUGAUAUAAAUUUCCUUCUUCAGACGAUUGAGACAGAUGAUAGUACUUCAGGGUACCAAGAUUUCCUUCUGUGGAGACAAAAACUAUCUUCUUCAGCAAAUCUUUCUGUAGAUAUUGCAAAUGAUGUAUUCUCAACUGGUUGUAUUUUAGCAGAACUACAUUUGAGAAAGCCACUUUUUAAUCCAACUUCAUUAGCACAGUACUUACUUAGUGGUGUUCUGCCUAAAUUGAUGCAUGAACUGCCCCCUCAAGUGAACAUUAUUGUUGAAGCAUGCAUUCAGAAGGACUGGAAGAGGAGGCCUUCUAUUAAGUCUCUUUUGGAAUCUCCCUACUUCUCAUCAACAGUGAGGUCAUCAUACCUGUUUCUUGCCCCACUUCAACUUUUAGCAAAAGCUGGUUCUCGACUCCAUUAUCUUGCAAGUUAUGCAAAAUCUGGAGCUUUGAAAUCAAUGGGAAGUUUUGCAGCUGAAAUGUGUGCGCCCCACUGCCUACCUCUUUUACUCACACCUUUAACUGACACAGAAGCAGAAUGCGCGCAUAUAAUGCUGAAAGAAUUCUUGAGGUGUCUGAAUUUGGUAUCCGUGAAGACACUUAUCUUGCCUGUGAUCCAGAAAAUUCUGCAGACGACAGGUUAUUCACAUAUGAAGGUCUCUCUUCUUCAAGACUCAUUUGUACGUGAGUUAUGGAGCAAGAUUGGUAAACAGAUGUAUUUAGAGUACAUACAUUCUGUGGUUUUAUCAAAUUUAUAUGUUUCUCCUCAUAAGACUUCAUCUGGGGCUGCCUCUGUGCUUUUGAUUGGCUCAAGUGAAGAGCUUGGUGUUCCAGUUACUGUUCAUCAGACAAUAUUGCCCCUGAUUCACUGCUUCGGAAAGGGUCUUUGCAGUGAUGGAAUUGAUGUCAUUGUUAGAAUUGGUGGUCUUUUUGGGGAGACUUUCAUUGUUAAACAGAUUCUUCCAUUAUUAAAAAACGUUAUACGAUCAUGUAUGGAUGUCUGUAAAGUGAGUAGGCCUGAACCUAUGCAAAGUUGGAGUGCAUUGGCCCUUAUGGAUUGUCUGAUGACACUAGAUGGAAUAAUGGAAUUAUUGCCAAAUGAGGUGGUUGUCAAAGAGCUAAUCGAGGAUGGAGGUUGCCUCUAUAUUCAGCUUCUCAUGAUACCCAAUUUGGGAAUCCCUGCACUUCAGGUGGCUGCUACAAGUCUUGUUACAGUUUCCCAACAGAUUGGACCAGAAUUAACAUCAAUGUAUGUGAUGCCAAAACUUAAAGAACUCUUUGAAAGACUCGCCUUCUCCGAGGAAACUCGCAGUGGAAGCCAGAAAGUUUCUAAAAUUAGAAUUGAGGAAGAGCAGACACAAAACAGAAUGGAUCUUGUGUUGCUUCUGUAUCCACCUUUUGCUUCACUUCUUGGCAUAGAGACACUUCGUAAGUGUUGCACCACAUGGUUGAUUCUUGAACAGUUUCUUCUGUGGAAUCAUAAUUGGAAGUGGGAAAACACAGAGGAAAGUUGUCGUGGUGGGAGAAGGGGGAAUCACAAGAAGAAUCCAAUGUCUGAAUACAGUCCUGCUAAAAUGUUGCUUCAUGGAUUCGGAUGGUCAGUUCCCCAGUCACAGGGAGAAAAAGGUCCGAAAAACUCAUCGCCACAUCAUCAUAAGCGGCAGGUGACAUCAGCAUCAGCAUCAUCGAUGUCUAGAGAGCAGGAACCGUGGGUUUGGUUCCCUAGUCCUGCACCUAGUUGGGAUGGACCUGAUUUUCUUGGUCGAAUUGGGGCUUCGAGUAAUGAAGGUCCAUGGAAAAUCAGUGCGUCUGUGAUACACUCGAUCCGUGCCCACCAUGGGGCACUUCGGUCGUUUGCUGUUUGCCAAGAUGAAUCUACGUUUUUUACGGCCGGAGUUGGUCCAGGGUUCAAGGGAUCUGUCCUCAAGUGGGAUCUAUCAAGAGUUGCUUCUUCAUCUGGGUAUCAUGCCCAUGAAGAGGUUGUGAAUGACAUUUGUGCCCUGGGUUCCUCAGAAAGAAUGGCUUCUUGUGAUGGCACAAUUCACAUUUGGAAUAGCCAAUCAGGAAAGGUUAUAUCCGUCAUUGGUGAAAAUACCGGAACCUCCUCCCUGACAUCUACAUCGAAGAUACAUUCUGAGCAAGCUAAUAUGCUUGAUUUCAGCUCCCUUAGUAAUGGGAUUCUAAGCACUAGUUAUGAUGGGAGUUUAUAUACUUGUAUGCAUCACCUACAAACACUAAAUAGGCUUGUGGUAGGCACUGGAAACGCUUCUCUCAGAUUCAUUGAUGUUGAACAAGGUCAAAAGCUUCAUUUAUGGAGGAGCGAUUCUGUUGAAUCAAGUUUUCCUUCUUUAAUCUCUUCCAUAUGUUGUUGUGGUUCUUCAAAGAUGCAAUCUAAUGGAGCAUCUUGGAUUGCAGCUGGAUUAAGUUCUGGUCACUGCAGGUUGCUUGAUAUUAGGAGUGGAAAUCUCAUCAACUCAUGGCAAGCUCAUGAUGGAUAUGUCACAAAGAUAGCUUCUCCGGAGGACCACUUGCUUGUUUCUAGCUCACUUGACAAGACUUUGCGAGUUUGGGACCUCAGAAAGAAUUUGGCAUCACCUCUGAUUCUAUUCAGAGGCCACAGUGAUGGUGUAUCUGGUUUUUCUGUCUGGGGACAAGAUGUUAUUUCAAUAUCCAGAACUAAGAUCGGACUUUCUUCCUUAUCUCAACAGGACGGGCAACAUCGGAUUACGCCACAAUACCUGUAUAUGGCGGACCGUGAAUCGAGGAACAUAAGAGCAAGAAGAGGAAGAUCAAACCAUACAGAUUCAUCCUCUCCUUUCUACUCUUCCCAAAGCUUUGCAAUAAUGGAGACCUUCUUGUUCACAUCCGAAUCUGUCAACGAGGGACAUCCAGACAAACUCUGCGAUCAGAUUUCCGAUGCAGUUCUUGACGCCUGCUUAGCUCAAGACCCCGACAGCAAGGUCGCCUGUGAAACCUGCACGAAAACCAACAUGGUGAUGGUUUUCGGGGAAAUCACCACUAAAGCUAACAUCGACUACGAAAAGAUCGUCCGUGACACCUGCCGGGAGAUUGGAUUUGUUUCUGAUGACGUGGGUUUGGACGCCGACAACUGCAAGGUCCUUGUGAACAUCGAGCAACAAAGCCCAGAUAUCGCCCAAGGUGUCCAUGGUCAUUUAACCAAGAAGCCUGAAGACAUCGGCGCCGGUGACCAGGGCCAUAUGUUUGGUUACGCCACUGAUGAAACCCCUGAACUGAUGCCCCUCAGUCACGUCCUCGCCACCAAACUUGGCGCCAAAUUGACUGAAGUCCGGAAAAACGGCACCUGUGCAUGGCUGAGACCCGACGGAAAGACACAAGUGACGGUGGAAUACCAUAAUGACAACGGAGCCAUGGUUCCUCUUCGUGUCCACACCAUUCUCAUCUCCACCCAACACGAUGAAACUGUAACAAACGAUGAAAUCGCAGCUGAUCUCAAGGAACACGUCAUCAAACCAGUCGUCCCUGAAAACUACCUUGAUGAAAAAACCAUCUUCCAUCUCAACCCUUCUGGUCGUUUUGUGAUCGGUGGUCCUCAUGGUGACGCCGGACUGACUGGACGGAAAAUCAUCAUCGACACAUACGGUGGUUGGGGUGCUCACGGUGGUGGUGCUUUCUCCGGGAAAGACCCAACGAAGGUGGACAGGAGUGGGGCGUAUAUUGUGAGACAGGCGGCAAAGAGUAUUGUGGCUUGUGGGUUGGCGAGGAGAGCGAUUGUUCAGGUGUCAUACGCCAUUGGUGUCCCUGAGCCAUUGUCGGUGUUUGUUGACACUUAUGGAACUGGUAAGAUUCCUGAUAAGGAGAUUUUGAAGAUUGUGAAGGAGAACUUCGAUUUCAGGCCUGGAAUGAUAUCCAUUAAUCUUGAUCUUAAAAGAGGUGGAAAUGGGAGGUUUUUGAAAACGGCGGCGUAUGGACAUUUUGGUAGGACAGAUCCGGAUUUCACAUGGGAGGUCGUCAAGGAACUUAAGUGGGACAAGCCAUAAAAACAAGAAGGAAAUUCAAUUAUGUGGUGUUUUCGCUUUUCUUGGUUGGUUGCUUGGUUAAAUGUGAUUGUCUGUGUGUGUGUGUAUGUGUUUUUUCUUUUUAAUAUAUGAUUUGUUUUAGUGUUUGUUUAAAGAGGAAGAAGGUGGAAGGGCCUAUAUAAUAUAUGAUGUAUAAGAAGUGUAUUUGGAGGCAUUGCCAUUAAUAACAAAAAUCUAAUCUGGUUUUGCUUUCAUCUUCAUUUGUAUAAGUUAGCUGUUUUGUGAGAUAGAAGCAGCUUUUGAUUUGGGUGUGUCAUUUUUUAUCCAAAGAUUGCAGCGUGUAGU